AUGGGAUUACUCAAUAAACUAUCAGCAUUCAGGAUUGUAUGGAGAUUUGCCAAAGCGAGGAAGAGUGGUCUUUUAACAUGGAAAGCUAAAAGCGAAUUGGUCAGUCAAUAUAUGGAACGAAUGGUUACUCCCUUUUUUGAUUCUGUGUUCCUCGUAAGCCCGAGAAUCAUUGAAAUGAGGGUUGAAGAUGUGCAUCAGUUAGCAAAGAUACCUUCUCUUCCUGCGAAUAUGAAACUUGAACAAUUUGAUGAACUUCUCGCUUUUCCAAAUAAUCUCUCUUUUCUACCAUUGAGUAAUAUACCACGGAAUGUGACAAAACUGUCUGCCCUGGAAAUGCUUGAUGCCACGAGGAUACCGAAGCACUUGAUCACCUACGUUGGACCUACAAUCACGGUGGAGAUAAAGCCAAAACAGGGAUUCUACCAAAAUCAUCUCUCUAUGGACUUCCCAUACUGCAAUAAUUGCAUACUGCAGCUCGAAAAAUGCGGUUCUGACCAUUACGAGGAGAUGUACGACUUCUGCCCACUCGACUUAUAUUCGGGAAACUUUUCAAAGAUGAAAUCCUCUUUAGAGGCUCUCAUGAAAGUUCCGCACAGGAAUCUUCGAAUUUUCGUUGAUGGGAAUUUGGUACACUCAGACGAGUCUCCUCUUGAUGCCACACUGCUCACUCCAACUCUUUUUCCUAGUGGGCAAGGAAAUGCUGAUGAUCUCAUGACUGCUGUAGAUGUCAAUAAUGCGACACUUUCUUGGCAAUUUUGUGGCAGUAAUCAACUUCACGUUCAGUUGUGUCUCGUUCUGGCUGGAUGCAGUGAUGUCCGCGACUUUUCUCUACGUGAUCAUUCUGUUCUCGGGCAAAUUUUAUCUGCACAAAGGAUUGAUUCUGUUGGGAUUGUGAGAGCUCAUCAGAUCUUUCAAAGCUUGCCUGCAGCUGCACAGGUAUGUCGAUGUGGUGUAGUUCGCUAUUUUGAAGUUACCAAACUACUGCAAUAUCUUGUUCAGAAGCAACUCCUAGACAAAAAUCGUCUUCCGGUCAGAGGUCUUGAAGUUUUGGAAAGAACAGACGAUCGUUCGCUUUUAGAAAGAUAUCUAUUGGCCGCAUCAAUGAAGGAUUGUUCGGUAUGUACCUUGCGAAUAGUUCUGUACAGAGGACAGUACAAAACUUGA